AUGUCUUGGCCAUUUUCGACUUUGGGUAAAAUCGUGGUAGUGACCGGAGGAGGGUCAGGGAUUGGACUUUCCUAUGCUGUCCUCGCUGUGGCAAACGGAGCUAAAUCAGUCAUUAUUGGAGACAUAGCACUGACAGAUGAAGCCCAGAAGGUUGCGGUCAGAACAGCAAACCUAACAUUUCAACACUGGGCCGAUUUACAGCGUUUGAUUGAUGUUUGCAUAACCAAAUCUGGUGACGUUCCAGAUAUUUAUGUGGCAUCCGCGGGCGUUUUCGAGCCACCGUAUUCCAACUUCUGGGAAGAUCCUGAGCCACUUGACAAUAAUGGUUACAAGCAUGUCGACAUCAAUGUCAACCACCCAAUAAAGUUUACAAGACUCGCGAUGAGAGCGCUUCUUGGGAAACAGAAACAGGGCGUCGUGGCCCUUGUCUCCUCCAUUUCUGGAUACAGCAAGCAGUAUUCAGCUCCCAUCUAUAGCGCAACAAAACAUGCAGUGGUUGGAUUUACGAGAAGUCUGGGCGAUGCACAGAGGCUCCAAAGCGUCAAGGUCAUCAGCAUCUGUCCAGGGAUUGUGAGUACUCCCAUUUGGACAACAGGCACACCAGGCUCUGGGGAAAGAUUUGGUAUUGUCGAAGAUAUUUCAAUCACGCCGGAAGUGGUUGCAAAAACAAUAAGCGAGGGAAUCGAGUCUCCUGAGUAUCCCGGCGGAACAAUCCUUGAGGUUUCUAAAUUAGGGACCAGAGUCGUGCCGGAAUGGUUCAUCCAGCCACCAGGUAUGGUUGAUGGUAAAAUGCCAGAAGGUACCGAUGUCGCAGAACAUAUGCUUGUCAAAUCUCUAGAGCCUAUCAUGAGCGUCACAGAGAGGGAGAGGGGCAAGAUGGCUUAA